CUUCACUUCCUUAUUUAUGGGAAGAUCCUUUUUAUUCAUGUGUAGGGAGAAACUAUAUGAGCUUACAAAAAAUAAUUUAUUAUUAUUUAUCUGAUAAAAAAAAUAUCUUGUUUAAAUUUUAUUCUUCUCACUUUGAUGAUAUAGAAAAACCUCUUUUCGAUUAUUUAUCCUUCAUCAGACAAAUUCGUGUUGAUAAUAUUUUUAAUAUCGUUACACAUGGAAUUGAUGAUUUUGAAUUCGAUCUUUAUAUAGAUUGGAAAACCCAAGUCACAAAAACUGUUCUCGAAUUAAUAUUCAAUUAUUCGAAAAAAAUCACUUACUUUCAACUUUCAAACAAAUAUAAAUCCGAUAUCACCAAUCUUAUAGUUAAAUACAAUUCAAAACAUAAUCGAUAUAUUUAUCUGGACACUACCCGUCCUAGUGAUUUACUUAAAUUCAAUAACAUGUAUGGAAUCGCCCUUGGGUAUGGAAAAUGGGAUCGUUCUUCAUUUUGUAUCUCUACGAAUCUUCAAAUUUUUAAAAAAAUCAAUUCAGAAAAUAUUACAAAUAUCAGGUUCAGACAUGUUAAAUUCACCGAAAAAGAAGAAAAAAUAUUGGAUUAUUUCGUAUCGUUGAAAAAAUUAAAAUGUCUUAGCUUUAUUGAAACAAAUAUUGACAAUGUUAAAAAUAUUUAUGAAAAGUUUAAAGAUUCAAAAACUUUAGUGUAUUUAAAAGUUAUCUCAUGUAAUCUUAGAAAUUUCGUUUUUACAGAAAAUUUUCUCAAUGAAAUUCUUAACAAUGAGAAUAUCAAAAACAUCAUUAUCGGAUUUGAUUGGAAAGAAGAAAAUUUCUUAAUUAACAAAAAGAAUUCUAUUAAGAAAUAUAG